AUGCCUGUCGGAACGAGAUCGCGCUCUCCCGCUUCCAGGCCAACUACUCCCCUCCGCCCUUCGUCACGUUCCUCAUUCCGUGCUUCUGUCCAUCAAAACAAUGGGAUCUUCACGGGGCCUGGAAUGCCGCUCGACUCCCUGGAGCCACAGUUUGCAGAAUUGAGCGACUCAAUGGCUGACCUAGAGGCGAAUUUGAUGCACUUGCAACUCAUGCAUGAAAGUCUCAGUCGGUUCGGAGAGAGUUUUGCGAGCUUUCUGUAUGGGUUGAAUAUGAAUGCCUUUGUUGUUGAUUUCCCCGAGGCUCCAAUCACCGAGUCGAUCAAGCGCUGGCAAAAGCGACAACAGGGCGGUCUGGGUAACCCGGACGAUCAGUCAACAACAAUUCAAAACAGUCCCCCCACUGGUAGUGGUGGAGUCGGAGAUGGUAAUGGAGAUGCAACUUUCAUGACUACGGCAGAUGCCAGUUUCGCAAGUUUGAAGGCAACUCCACGUCGUAAAAGCAUGGCCCCAUCGGUGACACCUGGCACUUCGUCGACUAUGAAGCAGAGCAAUCUAUCUACCGGUCGUGGAGGUGCUACGGCUGGGAGAGGAAGGGGAGGCAGUGCUGGAAACCGUGGUUCGAGAGGAAGUGGUCUACCACGGGGUAGAGCGAGGGGAAGCAAAUAG